AUGCUGAUUGUGCUGCAAAGAGAUGGCAGUCAGCUUGGAUUUGCGUCUCCAGCCCUUCGGGCAGACAAGGAGGUGGUACGUGCAGCAGUCCGUCAAGAUGGCCAUGCCUUGCAGUACGCUGUGGCUGAACUGCGGGAUGAUCGGGAUGUCGUCCUGGAUGCUGUUCGGCAGGAUGGGCACGCUCUGGUCUUUGCUUCAACGGAAAUGAAGGCACGCAAGGAUGUUGUUGUGGAGGCUGUCCGGCAGGACGGCCACGCCAUGGUUUUUGCAGAUGCUGCUCUCAGAGCCGACAGAGACGUCGUCAUGGAGGCUGUCCAACAGGAUGGCUACACCCUGAGCUACGCGUCCACAAACCUUAGAGCAGACCGAGAGGUCGUGACGCAGGCUGUGGGGAGCACUGGCUACGCCCUGCUGUUUGCCCACGACAAGUUUCGAUCUGACAAGGCGGUGGUCUUCGAAGCUGUUCAGAGCAAUUGGCAAGCGCUUGGCUAUGCUUCAGCAGAGCUAAGGAAGGACAAAGAGAUCGUGCUGGCUGCAGUGGCCACGAACAGGCAUGCGCUGGCCAUGGUCGAUGAAGAGCUUCGAACAGAUCCGGACGUGGUGAAAGAGGCCCUUCGCGCAGACGGACAUGCACUCGUGUACCUGAGCGAUUCUCAGCGUGCAGAGAAGGACAUAGUCCUUGCCGCUGUCAAGCAGGACGGGCAUGCAGUGUCCUACGCUUCCAAUGGGAUGCAGCAGGAGAUGGACAUUGCCCUGCAGGCAGUCGCUGAAGACGGCAUCACUCUGGGUUUGCUACCGGACCAGGUUCGCGCGAACAAAUUGGUGGCGCUGCGGGCAGUAGAGAGCAACGUCAAGGCCUUCCAGAAUGUCGCUGAGGACCUGAAAGCCGACCCCGACGUACGAGAGGCCGCGCUGGCUUCCGAACGUUACGCGUUGCUGAACGCUGUCAAGGUCGAUGGCUACGCGCUCCGAUCAGCCUCGCAACAUAUGAGAGCUGAUCGAGAGAUUGUCCUUGCAGCAGUUAAGCAGAACGGCAAGGUCCUCGUGUUUGCGCCUGAAGAGCUUCGCAAAGACCGCGAGGUGGUACUGGCGGCCGUGCGCCAGAAUGGCAAGGCUCUCGUGUUUGCACAUGACUCGCUUAAGAGUGACAAGGAGGUGGUGAUGGAAGCUGUGGCCGAAGGCGGCCAUGUUGCGCUCUGGCAUGCAUCGGAGGAGUUGCAGAAGGACAAAGAGAUCCUGCUGGCCGUUAAAUGA